AUUGUUCGUAAUCGCAGUGGUACUCGGGGUGUUUAUAUACAUUCAACAAAAAUUAACACACAACACUUAUAUUCGCGGCCGUCUUUCAUGAGCUGAACUCCAUCCAUCAAUUUUCCAUCACGCUUGUCCUCAUUAGGGUCACAGGUUAGCUGGAGUCCAUCCCCGCUGACUUCGCACACUCUGGACUGGUCACCAGCUAAUCGCAAGGCACACAUAAACAACCAUUCACACUCACAUUCACAACGAUGGUUAAUUUAGAAUCUCCAAUUAGCCAAACAUGCAAUAUUUUUGGAAUGAGAGAGGACGACAGAGUACCCUGAAAAAAGCCACACAUGCAGGGAGAACAUGCAAACUCAACACAGAUAUGUUCCAAGGGAAAUAGAAACACGGACUAUGUGGGCAAUGUGCUAACCACUAGGCCACUGUGCAGCCCUGAGCUGAAUUCAGCUAUCUUAAUUUUUUUCUAUAUACACGAAUGACCUAUUUCUAUCAUAUAUUGUUCACAACGGUCUAAAUCUAUGUUAGUAAGCACAUCUCCUUUGCUGAGAUAAUCCAUCCACCUCACAGAUGUGGCAUAUCAAGAUGCUGAUUAGAUGGCAUGAUUAUCGCUGGCCCCAAUAAAAGGCCACUCUAAAAAUGUGCAAUUUUAUCACACAGACCAAUGCCCCAGAUGUCACAAGUGUUGAGGGAGUUUGCAACAGGCAUGCUGAUACAGGAAUGCCCACCAGAGCUGUUACCCAUAAACUGAAUGUUCAUUUCUCUGCCAUAAGACAUCUCCAAAAGCAUUUCAGAGAAUUUGGCAGUACAUCCAACCAGUCCACAAUCACAGACCACUUGUAACGACACCAGUCCUCCACACCCAGCAUCUGCACCUUCAAGAUUGUCUGAGACUGGCCACCCGGAGGGUAGCUGCAACAAUCGAUUUGCAUAACCAAUGAAUUCCUGCACAAGCUGUCAGAAAACGUCUCAGGGCAGAUGGCAGACAGCAUGUACUGUAUGGUGUUGUGUAGGUGAGCGGUUUGCUGAUGUCAAUGCUGUGGAUGACGCCAUGGACAAUGAACACAGCUGGCAUCGCAGCAUCGUCCAAGGGAAGCAUCCCAUCAAAUCAGUGCUGUCAGGACGCACGAAGAGCCGCGUGGGUCUCCGAACGCAUCAUUUUCGUUCAGAGUGUUUCAGACACAGUCCACGUCACGCCAAAAGGAGCACACAGCAUGCUCGAGUGACGGAGGAAAAGUCCAAUCUGGUUGAGGUCCCCGGGAGUGAGCCGGAUUCCUCAUCGUCUCUAAGAAAGCGCAAAGUGAAGAAGAGGGUCCUCCCGGAGUUUUACCAGUCUGUGCAAGUCACCCCUACACGCAAACCUAGCUCAGGUUCGGGGAACCCUUCCCUCCACUGCUCCAUGUCUUCCUCCGUGGAUUUAUCCGAAGAUGAAGAUUACGCCGUCAAAUCUGGGUCGGCAUCACCGGCACCCGGCGACACUCUGCCAUGGAACCUGCCCAGACAUGAGAGGUCCAAGAGGAAAAUCCAGGGAGGAUCUGUGCUGGAUCCAGCGGAGAGAGCUGUGCUCAGAAUCGCAGAUGAAAGAGACAGAGUGCAAAAGAAGACAUUCACAAAAUGGAUAAACCAGCAUCUGAUGAAGGUACGGAAGCACAUAAAUAACCUGUAUGAAGACUUGAGAGAUGGACAUAACUUGAUCUCGCUGCUUGAGGUCUUGUCUGGUGACACCUUGCCUCGAGAGAGAGGAAGGAUGCGCUUUCACAGGCUGCAGAAUGUACAAAUAGCGCUGGAUUAUUUAAAAAGACGGCAGGUGAAACUUGUAAAUAUCAGGAACGAUGACAUCACAGACGGCAACCCCAAACUGACACUGGGAUUGAUCUGGACCAUAAUACUGCACUUUCAGAUCUCGGAGAUUCAUGUGACAGGAGAAUCCGAGGACAUGACGGCCAAGGAGAGGCUGCUGCUCUGGUCCAAGCAGCUAACAGAAGGCUAUGUCGGCGUAAGAUGCGACAACUUUACCACCUCUUGGAGGGAUGGGAGGCUCUUCAAUGCCAUCAUUCAUAAAUACAGACCUGACUUAGUUGACAUGAGCCGGGUCUCCACGCAGACCAACCGCUCCAAUUUAGAGAACGCAUUUGGUGUGGCAGAGCAGCUUGGGGUGGCCAGACUGCUGGAUCCUGAGGACGUAGAUGUUCAGUCUCCUGAUGAAAAGUCAGUCAUCACGUAUGUCUCAACGCUGUAUGACGCCUUCCCUAAAGUACCUGAUGGUGGAGAAGGAAUAAGCCCCAAUGACAUUGAUAUUAAAUGGGUGGAGUACCAGAACAUGAUCAAAUACCUCAGUCAGUGGAUCAAACACAAUGUUGCUGUAAUGUCCGAAAGAUCAUUCCCCAACAACCCUGCUGAACUUAAGGCACUUUACACACAAUACCUGCAGUUCAAAGAACAUGAGAUCCCACUAAAAGAAAACGAGAAAACAAAAAUCAAAGAUCUCUAUAAAAUGCUUGAGGUGUGGAUCGAGUUCGGUCGUAUUCAGUUACCGCCGGGUCAUCACCCAAAUGACGUGGAGAAGGAGUGGGGAAAAUUAAUUGUUGCCAUGCUGGAAAGAGAGAAGAGCCUGAGGCCUGAGGUGGAAAGGCUUGAUAUGCUGCAGCAGAUUGCAAACAGAGUCCAACGAGACUGUGUUCAUGGUGAAGACAAGCUGGCUUUGGCUAGAAGUUCCCUGCAAUCUGAUGUUAAGCGUCUCGAGUCCGGCAUUCAGUUUCUACAUGAAGCAGAGAUUGCUAGCUACCUAUUGGAGUGUGAGAAUGUCCUCAGACAACAAGUGGUGGACAUCCAAGUUCUCCUCGAUGGCAAAUUUCCUUUCACAGAUCAACUAGUUCAACGGGUAUCAAGCCUACGGGAUGAUCUUCUAUCCAUAAGAUCGCAGUGUGCUUCCGUGUACAGCAAAGGCCGCACCCUAACAACAGAGCAGACCAAAAUGAUGAUCUCAGGCAUCACGCAGAGCCUGAAUUCUGACUUCUCCCAGAACAUCAGCCUGACACCAAACCUUUCUCCUGCACUCAUCCAGGGAGGGUUAGAUACCUCAAGGUUGACAUUCACCUCUAGCCUUACACCGGGCCUGAGCCCAUCCUUGCAGGCUGCUUCAGCGCAGACCUACAGUGGAAGUGCUGGUAGCAUGGAGCCAGGCAGCCUCAGACAUAUGACACACAUGCAGAUUCCCAAACCCUUAAUGAAGUCAUCACUGGCUGACCCUAGCUUGACAGAAGAAGAGGUGAACAUCAAAUAUGUUCAGGACUUGUUGAACUGGGUGGCAGAGAUGCAGUUACAGUUGGAUCGCUCAGAGUGGGGAUCUGACUUGCCAAGCGUGGAGACACAUUUAGAUAACCACAAAACAGUACACAGAGCUAUUGACGAAUUUCAGAUGAGUCUUAAGGAGGCCAGACUUAGCGAGAUUCAGAUGACUCUACCCUUGAAACUCUCCUAUUCUGAAAAACUGAGCAGUCUAGAGAAGCAGUAUGAGAAACUACUGAGCUGUUCAAGAGAUCGUCAAAGCCACUUGGAGAGUCUGCAGGACUUCGUGUCACAGGCGACCCGUGAACUCAUCUGGCUUAAUGAGAAGGAGGAGGAGGAGGUUGCAUUUGACUGGAGCGAUCGCAACAGCAAUGUAUCUAAGAAAAGAGAUUACCAUGCAGAUCUGAUGAAGGAGCUGGAUGAAAAGGAGGACGUGAUCAAGUCUGUGCAGGACUUAGCACAGCGUCUCCUUUUAAGAAACCACCCAGCCAGGUUAACUAUAGAAGCGUACAGAGCUGCCAUGCAAACACAAUGGAGCUGGAUCCUGCAGCUGUGCUCGUGUGUGGAGCAGCAUCUCAAGGAGAAUGCUGUUUAUUUUGAGUUUUUCAGUGAUGCCAAAGAAUCCAUGGACUUCCUUAAGAGCUUACAAGAUUCCAUUCAGAGAAAGUACAGCUGCGACCGAACCAGCAGCCUACACCGAUUGGAGGAUCUCAUUCAGGAAUCCAUGGAGGAGAAAGAACAACUUCUUCAGUACCGCAACACUGUAGCAGGACUGAUGGGGAGGGCCAAGAACAUUGUGCAGCUCAAACCCAGGAACCCUGACUGGCCUUUAAGAUCCUCCAUCCCUGUGAAAGCCAUCUGUGAUUAUAGACAAAUAGAGAUCACCAUUUAUAAAGACGAUGAGUGUGUGCUGGCCAACAACACUCACCGGGCCAAGUGGAAAGUCAUCAACCCGGCAGGCAAUGAGGCCAUGGUGCCCUCUGUCUGUUUCACUGUACCUCCCCCUAACAAAGAGGCUAUCGAUAUGGCUUUAAAAACGGAGCAGUUAUAUCAGAAUGUGCUGGCGCUUUGGCAUCACUCUCACAUCAACAUGAAGAGUGUGGUGUCUUGGCAUUGUCUCAUGGAUGAUAUACGAGUCAUUCGCCACUGGAAUGUAGCUUCUUUUAAGACCAUGCUGCCGGGUGAGCAUCAGCAGGUCUUGAGCAACCUGCAGUCUCAUUUUGACGAGUUCCUGGAAGACUGCGAGGAGUCUGAGGUGUUCACCGUGGCAGACUGCGCUCAGCUGGAGAGGGAUGUUGCAGCCUGCAAGGAAUACUACCAAGAACUUCUGAGAUCUGCAGAAAGAGAGGAACAUGAGGAGUCCUUGUUCAAUAGUUACAUCUCAGAAAUACGUAACUUCCGGAUGCAUGUGGAGGCCCACGAAGAACACCUGAUCAGGCAAAUCCGCACACCGCUGGAAAGAGAUGACGUGUACCAGAGUCUCCAGCGCAUCACUGAACAAGAGAAGAAGAUGGCCGAACUGAAUACAUUUAAAGACGACUUGGAUAACAUUAAGGAGAAGUGCGAGGUGUUCCUCAGACAAGCCGCUGGCUUCCCAUCAGCGUCGACUCUCUCCUCUGAGCUUAGCGUCGUGGUUCAGAGCAUGAGCCAAGUCUACUCUAUGUCUUCUAUUUACAUGGACAAAUUGAAAACACUAAGUUUGGUGGUGAAGCACAGCCAGAAUGCAGAGGCACUAGUGAAGGACUACGAAUCCAAACUCUACGAAGAAGAUGCUAUGAACUCUGACCUCCAGUCAAUUGAAAAAGUCAUUACAACUCUCAAGCAAUGGCGAACAGAGAUUGAUGAAAAACAGGAAGUGUUCCACGACAUGGAAGACGAACUGCAAAAAGCGCGGUUCAUCAGCGAUCGCAUGUUUAAGACCCACAAUGAGCGCGACUUUGACCUGGACUGGCACAAGGAGAAGGCCGAUCAACUUAAUGAGAGAUGGCAUAACAUUCACUCCCAGAUUGACAACAGGCUCAGGGACCUGGACGGUAUCAGCCGAUCUCUGAAGCAUUACAAAGAUUCCUACAGCAGUCUUGACGAAUGGGUUCGAGAAGUUGAAGCAAAGCAGCUGAAGGCUCAAGAAAACAAACCAGAAGAUAGCAAGGCUCUCGCCGAAGUGUUGAACAAACAGAAGAUUUUUGUUGCUGAAAUUGAACAAAAGCAGAGCGAUAUUGAUGACUGUCAGAAGUACUCAGAACAAUGUUCAUCUUCCGUAAAGGAUUAUGAGCUCCAGUUGAUGACCUUCAGAGCAAUGGUUGACUCUCAACACAAAUCGCCUCUCAAGAAACGCAGGAUGCAGACCUCCUCUGAUACCAUCCAGCAGGAGUUUAUGGAUCUUCGCACCCGCUAUACGGCCCUUGUGACUCUCAUGACCCAAUAUGUGAAGUUUGCAAGUGAAACCUUGAAGAGAACUGAAGAUGAAGAGAGAUCUGUUGAUGAGGAGAAGCGAGAGCAUGGUGAUAAAGUUAGCAAACUGUUAGGUUGGAUGUCUAAUGUGAAACACAACCUGUGCAAUGAGGGGAAUGCUUUGAAAGAUAGUAAUGCCAACACUGGUGCUUCAAAUAAACCUCAGGUCUCUGUUGAAGAAAUGGCAACAAAGAAGGAGCAGAUAGCAGAAGCACUGAGGGUCACAGAAAUUAUGCUGAACAAACAUAGUGAAAAGAUGACAGAAGAGGAGAGAGAAAAGGCCCAGGAACAGUUGAAUGAACUCAGUCAGGCCUACAGUGAACUAUCCCAGCUUUGUUCCGAACAGCAUGCGCCAGUAGAUGAGGUUGGAAAUUGGGCUUUUUUUCUUGUAUUGAGAGUAGACCCUCUUCCAACCUCCAACCUCUCACAGUCUGAGCAUCCUCUGUGCUGGAAUGAUGGUCUUAGAUGGGAUCCUCCUCAUAAAUCUCUAGUGGAUCAUGUGGAAGAGUUUAACAUGGAGAGCAAGUGCAUACAGAGUUCACAUGUGACUUCUGUGUCCAUCUCUGACUUUGCGACAGCAGUGAGGGAAGCAGAAGACUUGGUCGUGAAGAUGAUUACAGUCAACCAGGUCAGUGAUGGACUACAGGUGGCCUACUCAGGAGAAAUAAUGACCCUGGAGAGCACGGUUCAGGAGGGGUUAAUUCCUUCUUCUGUCUAUGUGAAGAUUAUUCAGAGACAAAAGACCUGCCAGGAAAUGAUGGGUGAUAACUGUAAUAGAAAUGAGUCACACUUAGAGGCACUGCAGGUUCAUAAACUGAUGUUAAAGUGCUUAAGUGACAAUAAAUCACUGACACCAGAACGGGAUGCCCAUGUCCUGACGUCCAUCUCCAGUGAUCCCACUGAAGAAGAGCGCAGUGCAACUUCACCACAAGGCGUUAUGUCCCACAUUCGGAACCUUCACAAUGGCAAAGGGCUCAAGGUGGAUGCAGAGGUUCAGUGUGAUUUGAUGAGCUUCAGCAGUACACUCAUAGUGCUUGGAAAUGGGCAUCCCUUUAUAGGCCUUGUCUUGCCUCAGCCCAGUGAAUCAAACGUUUGCUCCACAUCAUUGCUGCGCAAUGAGCAAACCAUCACUGAUCUCUUCGACAGCAGGCUUCUAAGCAAUAGACGCAAAAUAGUGGCUUUUUACAUUCCAGAAAAUUCACAAGUUGUGGAUGUAAAUUCUACCGUGCAGAACGGGUACAUCGACACUUACACGGCAGAGAUUUUGAAGUCCAUCCAAAUUCCUGAUUGUCUUGAUGUUGAUGGUCUUGAUGAGAAGUUUUCAUCUUGGCUCAUGUGUCGAAAACUCAGAGUUGAUGCACACAGCCGUGCUGAAGAGACAAAGCAGCUGUUCAUAUCCUACCUAUUGAUCAACAGUUACAUCCACUCAAAGUCUCAACACAGGGUCCUUAUACUCGACAAGCAGUUGAGUAAAAUGAUCAAGUUUUUUCUUGAAGAUUCUGUAUUUUCUGAACGCAAUGUUGGUCAUUUUUCAGAGCAGAUGGAAUUAGAGGUGCCAUUCACGUGUGAGGAAAGCGACAAAGUGGUGAAGUCACAAAAUGAAUUUCCUCAUCAUUUUGUCCAUUCAUUCAAUGGACGACUUGGUGACAACACAUAUUCAAAUGCAUUUUCUUUGGAUGGUAAUACACAAGAUGCAAAGCAGAGUCUAUGGUAUCAAAGUAACACUGACUGCACGUUUCCUGGUCAUUUAUAUAUUGAGGAUGGAGAUGAUGCAAAUGUAGUUAAUGAUAUUCCAACUUCCCAAGAGAUGUCCUGUUUUGUAGAUAAACUUAAUGCUGACUCACCGUCAGAGGAAUGCAUCCAUCAGUCUCCAGCUGAGUUAAAUGCUGAGUCAUUAUGGAAUGCAUCAAGAAUGAGCAAUAUCACUUCAGAUGAGAUCAUGUUUAAAUUUCAAGAUCACCCUCUUCAGAAGGAAGAAAAAGGCCUUUUAUACGAGGCUGCUCACUAUGACGUGGAGAUAGAAGUUGACGAGGCAGUCUUUGGUAACCAAAUUGAAGAUGAGGUGGACACAGUGUUGCCUAGUCCAUCCAUAUCCUCACAUAUCCUUGAACCUGACUCGGAAGAGUGCGCCCAGUUGUACCUUGAAGAUCUUGAUUUUAUCACCCUGAAAAAAGCUACAGAAACACAAAAAACACCAGAGUGGAUGUGGAGGAAUGGACAUCCAGUAUUAGAUGACAAGACUAGUGGACUUAUAUCAGAGAUGGGUGAUGUUCCCCGUAGUCACGGGCCUCUAGUAGUGUCACACUCCUUUGGGAAGGAUGUUGCUCCAGUGUGUGUCCAUGACAUCUCAGCUUCACUGACUGCUGUCACUGAAUCACUGGAUGUAGUCAAUAACCCACUGGCUGAUAGUAAGGAUGAAUGCACUGUUGUGGGAGAAAGUGCUUCUUCAGCUAUCCAAUCAUGUCUACCCAAUUUGAUUUUGUCCAAGAGUAUUAAUCUAAAAAGUGGCAGUGAGUCUGCCAGUGGUGUUGAUCUAUUUUACAACAUUGAGUCAAUGCUCACUGAUGAUUAUUUAUACAGAGCUGGAUCUGAAUGCAGAGCUGGAAAUGAAUUUGACAAAUCCUCAUUUAGCAAUUCAGGUUUGGAAGAAGGUAUCCUGAACAGUGUAGGUUUUUCAUCACCAGGAGAUGCAGUGAAACAUUUCAAUGCUGAAGCACAAGGUGACUAUGUCAACAACAAUGAAGAUGGGGACAGAAUUGACCCAUUACAUCUUCCGUCAGAGAGUGGUUUUAUUGUUGGACCUGAACCCACCAACUCUCUGCAUGAUGAAAGACCUCUGCAACAGUUUAACUCAUCACCGAUGACAUCUGUUGUUUCUGACAGACUCACACCAACAAAUCAUUGCAAUAUGGAAAGGUGUGAUCAAGAUAAUGUUGAAUAUUGCACUUCAACACCUGCAGGAGUCUGGCCAGAACCAACCCUGGCUGGUUCCAUGUGCAGUGCAUCAAAUGAUGGUUGUGUAAACCCAGGAGAAAGACAACUAAGACAAACAAGAAAGUCAGAUUCUGACAAAGUUCAUACAUUUUUCAACACACAGGGAAUGGAAGGAGAUGGAAAUCCUCAAGUAGUUAAGGACUCAGUAAAUGAACAUGUUAAUCACCUGGAGGAAGCGAUAAAUGAAUGCUGUGAUGGAAGGAACACUGAGAUAAAGGCUGGUACGGCAGGUCAGAAUAUUGCCCUAUAUUUAGACUGUGUUUCUGUUGAGAAUGAUGCUGCUCAUGACAUCAGUUCAGUGGGAAAAGAUGCACUCAACAAAACUGAGACAGGACUCCAAGAUGAAAAACUUCAUGGAGAGCAGUCUGGUACCCCAGGCUCUAGUGACCCACCUGGAAGGGAUCAAAAUAGGUUUGAUGCUACAACUGGAAGUGAUGUAUAUGAUUCUGAUAUCCCACCAGUAGACGAUAAACAGAAGUCUAGUGAUACAACUGAAAAAGUUAAAGAGGAGUCCAAUACCCCAGUUGGAAAGAAUGAAGAGAACUCUCACUCUAGAGAGGAUGAACAGGGGUCUAAUACUGCUACCGGAAACAUUACAUUGGAGUCUAAUACUCCAACUAGGGGAGAUGCAAAAGACUUUGAAGCUCCAUCUGCAAUCAAUAAAGAGGAAACUGAUGCUCCAGCAGAUGAAGAUGAUGGGCGGUCUAACGCCCCAACUGGAAAAGCUGAAAAGGUGUCUGGUACUGCAACUGGAAGAGAUAAAGAUUCCUCAACUGUAGAAGAUGAAGAAGACUCUGAUGCUCCAACUAGAAAAGAGGAAGAGGGGGCUGUUGAGCCCACUGGAAAAGGUGACCAGUGGUCUGAUGCUGUGACUGGUAAUGUUGAGGAGUCGUCCAACACCUUAAGUAAAACAGAUACUGACUCUCAAACUGCAAACAAUGAAGAGGGGUCUUAUGCCACAAUUGACAAAGGUAAAGAAAACUGUGAUGUCCAGACUGAAAAUGAUAAAGACAUGUCUGAUGCCUCACUUUUAAAAGAUGAAGCUGAUUCUAACACACAUACUGGAAAAUGUAAGGAGAAAUGUAAUUUACCACCGGCAGAAGGAAAAGAGGAUACUCCAAACAAGAAAGACAAAGACGAGUCUGAUGCUCAAACUGGAGAGGUUGUUGCAGAAGAGUCAGAUGCACCACCUAGAAAAGAUGAAAAAGAGUGUGAUGCUUCAUCAGAUAAAGAAGAAUAUAAUGCUCCAUCUAAGGAAGAUGUAGAGGACACUGAUGCUCAAACAGACCUAGUUGCGAAAGGGACAAACUCUCUAACUGGAAAAGCUGAAGAAGUGUUUGAUACCCCAACUGAAAGAGAUGAAGAGUGGUCUGAUACCCCAAUUGAAAAAGAUGAAGAGUACUCUCAUGCUCAAACUAGGAGUGAUGAAGAGAGGUCUCAUCUCACACUUGGAAGAGAUAAAGAGAACUGUGCUGUCCAGACUGAAACUGAUGAAGAGGGCUCUGAUGCAUCACUUUUAAAAGAGGAGGCGGAUUCUUGUCCCCAAGCUGGAAAACGUAAAGAGGGGUUUGAUGCCUCACUUGUAAAAGGAAAAGAGAAUUCUACUGUUCCAAAUAAGAACGAUGAAGAGAAGUCUGAUGCUCAAACUGGAGAGUAUGACGAGUGGUCUGUGGUUGCAGAAGAUUCAGAUAUCUCACCUAGAGAAGAUGAAACAGACUUUUAUGUCCCACCUGUAAAACUAAAAGAGGAAACUGAUGCUCCAACUAAAAAAGAUACAGAGAAGUUUUAUGGUCCAAGUGAUGAAUAUGAAAAGGACACUGAGGCUCCAACAACAAAAGAUGAGGUAGGAUGUAACGCUCCAACUGGAAAAGCUGAAGAGGUGUUUGAUGCCACUGCAACUGUAGAAGAUAAAGAAUACCCUAAUGUUCCAACAAAAAAAGUCGAAGAGGGGUAUGCUGACCCAUCUGGAACAGAUGAAGAGGUGUCCAAUGAUUUGCUUAUAAAAGAUGAAGAGUGGUCUGAUACCCCAGCUGGAAACGUUAACAAGAAGUCCAGUACCCCAACUAGAAGAGAGGAAGAAACCUCUGCUGCCCCAUCGACAAAGCAGGAAGAGUGUUCUCAGACUAAGGUUGCAGUACAUGAAGAGUUGUCUGAUAUCCUGAUUGGAAACUUUACAAGGGUGCCCGUUAGCCCAACCCGAAAAGAUGAGAAUGUCUUGGAUGCCGCAGAUCUAAACAAUCAAGAGGAAACUGAAACUCCAACUAAAAAAGAUAAAGAGGAGUCUGAUGCUCCAACUGAUGAGCAUAAGGAGAACACUGAUGCUCAGCAUGCAAAAGACGAAAGGGGGUCUGCCUGCCCAUUUGGAAAUUAUGAAGAAGGGUCAAAUGUCAUAAAAGAUGAAGAGUGGUCUGGUGGCAAGUGGUCUGAUACUACCACUGGACAAGAUGGCUCUGAUAACCCAGCUGGAAAUGGUGAGAAGAUGUUGGAUAUCCCAACUAGAAGAGAGGAAGAACUUUGUGAUGCUGCACCAAUACAAGAUGAACAGUGGGCCGAUGCUUUAAAUGGACAAGUUGAAGAGGCAUCUGAUGCCCCAGCUGGAAACACUGCAAUGAGAUUCAGUACCCCAACUAGAAGAUAUGAAGAAGACUCUGAUAACCCACCAACAAAAGAUGAUGAGUGCUCUGAUAUCAUGACUGGAAAUGUUGCAGAAGAAUCCAAUACUCUAACUAGAAGAGAUAAAAAAGACCCUAAUGCACCAACCAUACAAGAAGAAGAGGAGUAUGAUACUCCAACUAAAAUAGUUGAAAUUCACUGUAACUGUCCAGUCCGAAAAGACAAAGUGAAGUCUGAUGCCCCACUUGGCAAAGAUAAAGAAGGCUCUGAAGAUUGGUCUGAUACCACACUGCAGAAAGAUGAAGAGAGAUCUAAUGACUUGACUAGAAGAGAAGGAAAGAAUGCUCCACCUGUAAAAGAAAAAGAGUUGUGUGAAUUCCUAACGAGAAAAGAUGAAGAUGAAUCUAAGGUCACAUUUGGAAAUGUGGUAGAAGAGUCUGAUACCUUGACUGGAAAUGCUGCAGAAGAUACCCUAACUAGAGGAGAUGCAAAAGACUUUGAUGUUCCACUUGCAAAAGUUGCAAAUGAGUCUGAUAUCCCAACUAUAAAAGAUGAAGUGUGGUCUGAUACCCCAACUGGAAAAGAUAAAGAGGACUCGGACACACAAACUAGAAAUGAUGAAGAUGAGUCUGAUGGCCCAACUGGAGGAGUUGAAGCAUCUUUUGAUACUCCAAGUGGAAGAGAUGAAGAUAAUAACUAUUAUUCUUUUGUGGUAGAAGAUGAAGAAAACUCUAAUGCCUCCCCUGGAAGCGUUGAGGUGGAGUCUGAUACCCCAUUCUUAAUAGAUGCAGAGGGGACUGAUAGCUCUUAUGGAAAUAAUGAAGAGGACUCUCACACUCAAACGAGAAACAACAAAGUGUGGUUUGAUGAGACAACUGAAAACAAUGAAGAGGCAUUUCAUACCCAAACUGGGAUAGAUGAAGACAACUAUUAUUCCCUAUCUGUAGUAGAUAAAGAGAACUCUAAUUUGUCACCAGGAAAAAUUGAGGUGGAGUGUUAUACCUCAUUCAGAAAAGAUGAAGAGUCUGCUACCCAAAGUGUAGCAGAUGAGGGGUGUGAUGCCUCUCUAACAAAAGAUAAAGACAGGUUUGGUGCUCCGAAUAGAGGAGGUGAAGAAUGGUCUGAUACCACAAGUGGAACAUAUGAAAGUAACUCUUCUACCUUCAACCUUCUACCUGUAAAAGAAAAUUCAAAUAGUCCAACCAGAAACGAUGACAAGGAGUCUGAUGCUCCAACUAUCCAGCAGCAGCUUCUGCAGGUACUCCAGAGUGUCUCCUCAGGCCACAACCUCUCAGUGAUCCAGGAAGUGAUGGAGACCCUACAAAGUUCUCUUGGGGGUGAUAGUCACACCUUGGAAAGCAUCAAGGAGGAGAGCUCAGAGGAGGGUGCGCUGACAGAAGUGUCUCCUCAUGCCUCCGUCUGCAAUUUGGAGGAGGUCAACACUAUGCCCUUCUCCAUCCAGGAUUACCUUGAGUGUGUUGGAAGACUCCAAGAUCAUGCUGAUGUUUUGCAUGAUGUCAAAAAAGACCUUUUAAUUCUGGAACCAGGUGGCGCCAAAAUGGAGGAUUUACAGAUCCAAAUAGAGGAGUUUCAGGCCCUAGAAUCCCAGCUUUUAAUGCUAGCUGGUGUUUUGACGGAAGAUAUGAAAAAGGCCAAGCUGCUCUUACAUUCUGCGGAUGGCAACAUUCCCACACAAAUCCACCAAGAUCUGGCUUCAUCGUAUGUGGAAUUAGAGGAAAAUUUCACUGCCAUUGCCCAAAUGUGUGGUGAAUUGAGUCAAUCGUUGCUUCAAGCAAUGGAAACUAGGAAGGUACUUUUGGGAUCAGCAUACCAGAAACAUCUUGCUGAUCUUGAAGAGCUAAAGGGCUUCAUCCGAAAAAAAACUCUCUGCGAUGCGGAUUGUGAUGCAUGUGAUGUGGAAGAACUGAAGUGUUGGAUACAAAAAAACAAGGAUGCUGAAUCUUGUUUACACCAGGAGGCCAAGCUCAAACUAGAUGACAUCACAUUUGAUAUCCAGAGUUUUAUUUCUGAGCACGCACUCUUUUUGAGUCCCGCUCAGAGCAGUUGCCUCCUCAACCUCCUCAGCAGCACCCAACGAGCCUUCAGGGACCAGAAGGAUAGACUGGUCGCCUUGAGGUGUACCUUAGAUGUCCUGCUGGACACCAAGCAAAGGGAAGAGGAGGCGAAGUCCCUAAUUGAGAGGCAGAGAGAGAUUGCAGACAAGCUGGAGGAAGUGUGUGAUAGUCUCACUUUGACUGAGAAUCGUCUGAUUGGUCACCAGCAGCAGGCUGACAAUGCAGAGAGUGUCACAGAUCUGCAGCAGUACCAGCAGGAGCAUCAGGCUUUGCAAAAAGACGUCUUGACAACCGCCAGCGCAUUAAAUGAGGUCAUCAACGGCACAAAGAGGUUUCUGGAGGAAAACCGGGCCAUCCUGUCAACCGAUCAAAUCGCCUCCAUUGAAACAAAGUUGGAUGAGGCUAAGAGCAAGGCCAAGAUGAUCCACCAGCGAGCGGAGGAGUCCAGGAAGGACUUAGAGAAGGUUGUUACCACAGCCAUAAAACAGGAGAGUGAAAAGGCUGCAGCUGUUGAGCGACUGGAGGAAAGCAAGAACAAAAUAGAAGGUCUACUAGAGUGGAUAUCCCACAUCGGGACUGAAAAUGAGAGCGGAAGUAUUGAUCAGACUGACCUUAUUAGCAAAGAGAACGGAAACCUACCAGAUGAGACAUUAGAGAAGUUACAGAAAGGAGAAAAGGACGAUGCUAAUGGAAAUUGUCUGCAACGCAGCGAAAGUGAUUUUGACUGUCAGCCUGAUGGGAAGAAGGAUGCCAGCAUGGAUGUCGACAAGCAGUAUGAGAGAGUGAAGGCUCGCCAUCAAGAGAUUCUGUCCCAGCAGCAGGAUCUAAUCAUGGCCACCCAGUCGGCCCAGGCUCUUCUGGACAAGCAAGCCAACGUUCUGUCACCAGAGGAGAAAGAAAAACUGCAAAAGAACAUCCUGGAACUUAAGGGGCGGUACGAAGCCUCCCUGACCCAAGCUGAGCAGCAGAUGAAGCAAGUCCAGUGUGUCCAGGAGGAAGUGAAGAAAUUUCAGGGCGAUUGUGAGGAGUUUGAGGACUGGUUAGCACAGGCUGAGGGCGAGAUGGAGCAGCUGGGCGCCUCUGCAGGCUCAUUAAAAAUCCUGAACGAUAAACUCCUUCAACAAAAGAGUUUCUCCGAAGACGUCAUCUCUCAUAAGGGGGACCUUCGUUUUAUUACUAUUUCGGGCCAGAAGGUACUGGAUGUGGCUAAAGCCUGUGGCGUAUCUGACCCAAUGUCUAAAAACAGCCAGAUGCAGGUGGAUACUUCAGGAAUCUGUUCUGCUGUCAAGGAUAAGCUGGACUCUGCAGCUAGCCGAUACAAAACUUUACAUGCUCAGUGCAACCAGCUUGGCAACAACCUCAAAGAUGUUGUUGACAAGUACAAGCGAUAUGACGACUCCAGCACAGGCCUUCUUAAGUGGCUUGGGAGCACCGAGGAGGAGGCCAGGAAGCAGCAGUCCGAAACCAUCUCAGCUGAGCCACAAAUGCUGCAGAAACAGCUGGAGGACACCAAGGCUUUACAAGGUCAAAUGAGCGGCCAUCAAACUGCUAUUGACACGCUACGCAAAACAGCUGAGUCUUUGGUCACAUCUGAAGGAAACCUGCUGAGCAACUUAGAUGAGAUCCAGGAGACCGUAGAUGACAUAGUGGAGCGUUAUGACAACCUGUCCAGGUCUGUGAGUGAUCGCAAUGAGAAACUGCAGAUCACUUUGACUCGCUCCAUGAGUGUUCAGGAUGGACUGGAUGAGAUGAUGGAAUGGAUGGAGGGAGUGGAGGCCAGUGUGGAAGAGAAUGGUCAAAUUCCACUGGACUCUGCAUCCAUCGGAGACAUACUCAGCAAAGAAGCAGCUAUCGAGCAGGACAUAGCAAGUCGCCAGAGCAGCAUCUCAACCAUGAAAUCCAAGGUGAAGAGGUUUGUGGAAACAGCCGACCCGUCUGCUGCGGCCCUCCUGCAGUCCAAGAUGGAGGCUCUCUCCCAGCGCUUCUCAGAUGCAUGUGACAAGCACAAGCAGAAAGUUUCACAUCUGGAACAGUUGAAAGACAAAGUGGAGAAAUUCGAAACGGUCGCAGAUAAAGUCCAGCAGUUCGUCGUGAAACGUUCUCAAGAUCUACACGAGACAGACGGGCCAGGGAAAACCUUUGAAGAACUCUCCGAGCUAACACAGAAAACAAAAGCCGAGAUGGUUGAACAUGCCAGCGAUUUGGAGAUGUUGCAGACUAUAGCCAAAGAGCUGUGUGAAAUGAGCACUGACUGUAACAGAGCACAGAUCCAGAGCAAGAUGGACAAUCUGUCAAACAUCUUCAGCACCUUCAAAGACACUGUCAAAGAAAAGGAGGAGGAGGUAGCAUCCUGCAAAGACCUUCUGGGUGAGUUCAGGUUUGCAGCCAGUGCUCUCAGCAGGUGGCUAGAGGAAACCAAUGAGAAGGUGCCUGUGGCCCAAACAAGUUGCAGCGCUAAAAGUCUGGAGAUGGACCUCCACAUCGUCACUGGAUUACUGGAAGAAUGGACCACUAAAGGCCCUGCCGUGCAGGACUUGAACAACAGGGGAUCAUCACUAUGCAGCCACAUUGCAAUUCUCACAUCCCCUGCCAAAACAAAGCUGCCUAAUAAGUCAGCUCUUACUAAUGGUGGUGGUCCAGCGAGCCAUUCGUACUUAACCAAUAAAGAGCUGAUGACAAUUCAGCAAAACAUGUCCUUUGUCAACGAGGGCUACUCCAGUCUGGGUGACACUCUGAAGAGUCGAGAGGCUGAGCUGAGUGGAGCCGUGCGCGAACUGAAGGACGCCAAAAAGGAGACGGACAACAUGAUGACGUGGCUGGAGGACAUGAAAAAGACCACAGCGUCUUGGAAAAACGGAGCCACGGAGAAAGACACUGUGAAAACACAGCUUGAACAGCAGAAGGUGUUUGAGGAAGAUAUGAAACAGAAGAAAGAUCAGCUCCUCAAGCUGAGAGAGAAGCUCCUCCACUUGAUUGAAAGUCAUCCAAAUUCCCAAGAAGCAGCCAAAUGGAAACAGAUGUUGGCAGACAUGGAUGCUGCUUGGGAAGAUAUCAGUGGCUCAGUGGUGGAGAGGAAGCAGCACCUGGAGCAGUCCAACAAGAAUCUGGACAUCCUCCAAACCACUCAGCUGCAGCUUGGCCAGUGGCUGUCAGAGAAGGAGCUUAUGAUGAGUGUCCUUGGACCACUCUCUAUAGACCCCAACAUGCUUAAAAUGCAGAAGCAACAAGUCCAGAUCCUCCAGAAUGAGUUCAAAAGCCGAAGGCCUCAGUACGACCAACUCAAGGAAGCUGCCUCUGCAAUCCUAAACUCUUCGGGUAACCAGGACCCCUCAAACGGUAAGCUGGUGAGGGAGCAGCUCACUGCAGUCACCGAGAAGUGGCAAGGUCUUAUGAUGCAACUGGACCAGCGAGACGGCCUCAUCGACCAGGCUGUAGAGAAGACGGGAGAGUUCCAAGACAUGCUUAGACGUCUCAGCCAGACUGCCACUCAGCUUGAAGAUCAGUUGGGCAACCAUCACACUAGCAGCACCCAGCCCGACGCGGUGAAAAAGCGGCUGGAGGACGUCCAUAACAUCUCAGUUCAGCUGAGAGAGGAGAGGAAGAAGCUGAAGCAGGCUGAGGGCAUUCAUGCAGAGCUCACAGCGAUGGUGACUGAGGACUAUCUCAAGGCUGACUUAGCCAGGCAACUGGAGAGUGUCAGCAAACCUUUUAGACAGCUGGAAGAAAGAGCAGCCAAACAAAUAGAGCAGCUGAACUCGACCUUCGCCAGCUCCCAACAAUUCCAUCAAACCUCCAAAGACUUCCAGUCAUGGCUGGCUGAGAAGCUGCAGGACCAGAUGAAGCCUUUGCCCAUCUCUGGCAAAGCUGACGUCCUGCAAAAAACGCUGGAAUCGCAGAGUAGACUGCAGAAGGCGCUCAGCCAACAGGAGGCCACUUACAACACUAUAUCAGGGGAAGGGGAGAUGCUUCUGCAGAGUACUGAGGGUGCGGAGAAGUUGGCAUUACAGGGGCAACUCUCUCUCCUGUCUACUAACUGGCAGGAGGUGAAGAAGAGCUCGGCGGAGCAGGCUGACAAACUUAAGGCUGCUCUUCAGAGAGCCCAGAAGUUUGAAGAACAUAUUGAGAAGCUUGCCUCUUGGGUGGAAGAGUGUGAGGCCAACGAGGGUCGAGUCAAACUUUCUGUUGCGCCUGCUGCCGUGGAUAACUCCAUCUCUCAAGUGAAAGCUCUCCAGAAGGAUGUGGACAAGCACAGAGGGAUGAUGGAGCAGCUCAACACUGCCGCAGGAAACCUUCUUGAGGUGGCAGAUACAGACACUGAAGGAAUCAAAGAAAGGGCGGCAAACAUCUCUAAAAGGGUGGACAGUGUAUUGGAAGGUCUUCAGAGCAAAAGAGAAUCCUUGGAAAAGAUCACUCAUGCAAUUAAAGAAUUUAAUGAAGGCUCCAAAGAUGCCAAAGCUCAUCUUGAUGGAUCUAAGAAGCUUCUGGACGCUUAUGAAUUACAGGGAGUGCAGGGACAAAGCAAUAAGAACUUAACCAACAUGAAAGCCCAACAGAAGAGUCUAGAGGGAGUGCAAACCCAAGUGGAACAUCUGAAGAGCUUGGCAAAGACUCUUGUAGUUGAUAUCCCAGAUGCAGAUGGAGUGACAGACCUGUUACUUGAAGCUGACAGCAUAGAACAAGAAUACAACACCCUUCAUAAGAAGCUCAAGGAGACCUGCCAGGUCCUGGAAGGUAAAUUGCAAGGAAUCGGGCAGUUCCAAAACAACAUCCGUGAGAUGUUCACCCGCUUCACAGACCUGGAUGAUGAGUUGGACGGCAUGGCUCCAGUGGACCUGGACUUGGUGGUUCUUAAGGAGCAGCAAGACAGCAUUGAGAGCUUUAUAGUCAAGUUGCAAGAGCUGAUGGUCAACACGGCCAACGCAGGGGACGGCUGUAAGAGGAUGCUUGAGGCCGACUCCUCACCUGACCUGAUGGGCCUGAAGAGAGACCUUGAUGCUCUAAGUAAGCAGUGUGGCAAGCUGAUGGACCGAGCCAAAGGCAGGGAGAGGCAGGUGCAGAGUACUCUUGUCAAGCUAGAGGAGCUCUGCGGAAAACUACGGCAGGUGGAAGAUCAACUUUGCCGAGCUGUGGACAAGGAGGCAUCUCAGGGGGCAGUCGGUAUGGAGACAGAUAUCAUCAAUCAACAGUUGGAAGCCUUUAAGGCUUUCCAGAAAGAAGAUAUCGAUCCUUUGCAGACACAGCUUCAAGACAUCAACUCCCUCAGUCAGGGGCUGAUCCAGAACGCCGCCAGAGGGACCAACACAAAGAAGCUUGAGGAUGACCUGGAGAAGGUUAACACAAAGUGGAACACGCUCAAUAAAAAGAUUGCAGAGCGCUCGGCCCAGCUGCAUGAAGCCCUGUUGCACUGUGGAAGGUUCCAUGAUGCUCUGGAGUCUCUGCUCGGCUGGUUGACUGACACAGAGGAACUCAUGGCCAAUCAGAAGCCGCCCUCUGCAGAGUUUAAAGUAGUCAAGGCACAGAUACAAGAGCAGAAACUCUUACAGAGACUGCUGGAUGACCGCAAGCCCACAGUGGAGCUGAUAAAAAAAGAGGGAGGGAAGGUUGCGGAACUAGCAGAGUCUGUGGAUAAGGAGAAGGUUGCAAACGAAAUUGAAUCCCUGGGGCAGAGGUGGGACACGCUGCUCAAAAAGGCUGAGAAUAGGAAUAAGCAGCUGCAGAGCAUUUUGGUGGUCAGUCAGCAGUUCCGCGAGACCUUGGAGCCCCUCAGCGACUGGCUUGCCGCCACAGAGAAACGCCUUUCCAACUCGGAACCCAUCGGCACCGAAACAUCAAAGUUGGAAAAGCAGAUUUCUCAUCAUAAGGCCUUAGAGGAGGUGAUUAUGAAUCGAAGUAAAGACCUGUUUCAGGCCGUCAGUUUGGGUCAGAUGCUCAAAGCAGUGAGCUCUGUAGACGACAAGGACUUUGUUCAGUCCAAGUUGGACGCCACGCAGGCUGCUUACAUCGAGCUGCAGGAGCGCUGCAGGAGGAAAGCCGAGAUGCUGCAGCAGGCCCUGGCCAACGCCCAGCUCUUUGGGGAAGAUGAGGUGGCGCUCAUGAACUGGCUCAGCGAGGCGCACGCACGGCUGAGCGAAGUGUCCGUGGAGGACUACUUAAUAGACACCCUUGAAAAGCAGACAGCAGAACAACGGGCUCUACAAAGUGAUAUUGAAUUAAGGAAAAAGAAUGUUGACCAGGCUCUCUUCAAUGGGUUGGAGCUUUUGAAGCAAACAACAGGUGAUGAGGUGGUUGUUAUCCAAGGCAAACUGGAUGGAAUAAAAACAAAGUACGCUGAGAUCACCUCUAUGAGCGACAAUGUUUUGAACACAUUGGAGCGUGUUUUGAGUCUCUCCGCCAAGGUGCAGCAUACCCACGAGGAACUGAGCUCCUGGCUGGCGAAGGCAGAGGCUCAGGUCACUUCUUAUGUGGAUCAGGAGCCAGUCGGCCAGCAGCUCACUCAAGCUCAAAACAUGCAAAAGGGCUUGCUGAAGGAGACCAAAGACCAAAAAGCUGUAAUAGACACAUUGAAUGAGUUGAGCAGUUCACUCCUGGAUUUGAUCCCCUGGCACACCCGAGAAGGUCUGGACAAGCUGGUGACAGAGGACAAUGAGCGUUACAGAGCUGUCUGUGACAGCAUCACUCAGCAAGUUGACCGAAUCAACGCCGACAUACUCAAGUCGCAGCAGUUUGAGCAAGCAGCAGAUUCGGAACUGGCAUGGCUUGCGGAUGCUGAGAAGAAGCUGUUGUCCAUGGGGGAGAUCAGACUGGGACAAGAUCAAACCGCAGCCCAGCUCCAAGCACAGAAGAUCUUCUCUAUGGACAUCAUGAGGCACAAAGAUGCUGUGGAUGAGAUAGUAAAAACAGGAAAGGCCAUCUUGAGCAGCAAAAAGCCAGAGGAAAGAGAACUGUUAAUGGCCAAGACCCAGUCUCUAGUAGAGAAGUACGGUGCAGUAAGUCAGCUGAACUCAGAGCGCUGUCUGCAGCUAGAGAGAGCCCAGUCUCUUGCAAGCCAGUUCUGGGAAACUUAUGAAGAGCUGUCACCGUGGCUUCAGGAGACCCUGAGCACCUUCAACCAGCUGCCCCCGCCCGCCAUCGAGUACGACACGCUGAAGCAGCAGCAAGAGGAACUCAGGCAAAUGCGAGAGCUGAUUGCCGAGCACAAACCGCACAUCGACAAGAUGAAUAAGACCGGGCCUCAGUUAUUGGAACUAAGCCCAGAGGAAGGGAUACCCAUUAGAGAGAAGUACACGACAGCUGAGCAUCUUUACACCCAGCUGAAGGCUGAUGUCAAACAGAGAGCUGCUAACUUGGACGAGGCCAUCUCUAAAUCCACUCAGUUCCAUGAUAAAAUCGACCCCAUGCUGGAAUCUCUGGAGCGGAUUGCGGAGCGCCUGCGCCAGCCUCCCUCCAUCUCAGUGGAAGUGGAAAAAAUCAAGGAGCAGAUAACGGAAAAUAAAUGUGUCAGCAUGGACCUGGAGAAAUUGCAGCCUUCCUAUGAGACCCUGAAGCAACGAGGCGAAGAGAUGAUUGCACGGUCAGAAGGUGCAGACAGGGACUUAUCUGCCAAAGCUGUACAAGACAAACUGGACCAGAUGGUCUUCCUGUGGACGGACAUCCAAGCCUUGCUGGAGGAGCGGGAGGCCAAGCUUUUGGAUGUGAUGGACCUCGCUGAAAGGUUCUGGUGUGAUCACUGCGCUUUGAUUGUCACCAUCAAGGACAGCCAGGACCUUCUGAGGGAGCUAGAGGAGCCUGGAGUGGAUCCCUCUGUUGUCAAACAGCAGCAGGAAUUUGUGGAGGGAUUUAAGGAGGAGAUUGAUGGGCUUCAAGAGGAACUGGAUUCAGUUCGGACACAGGGAGCUGAGCUCAUGACCGCCUGUGGAGAACCUGACAAACCUGUGAUUAAGAAGAGUAUUGAUGAGGUGAACUCAGCAUGGGAAAAUCUCAAUAAGACGUGGAAAGAAAGAGUUGAGAGGCUGGAGGAGGCCAUGCAGGCUGCAGUGCAAUUCCAGGACGGCUUGCAGGGCAUGUUUGACUGGGUGGAUAUCCUGGACAGCAAACUGGACUCCAUGUCACCUGUGGGCACAGACCUGGAAACUGUCAAGCAGCAGAUUGCCGAGCUCAAGGAGUUCAAAGUCGAAGCAUACCAGCUUCAGAUUGAGAUGGAGCGUCUGAACCACCAGGCCGGCCUCCUACUGAAGAAGGUGACAGAGGAGGCAGAUCGCUGCACCAUCCAGGAGCCCAUGUCCGAGCUCAAGAUGCUCUGGGAUAACCUGGAUGAGAAGAUUAUCAGCCGACAGCACAAACUGGAGGGAGGCCUUCUUGCACUGGGCCAGUUCCAGCAUGCACUGGAUGAGCUGCUGGCCUGGAUGAGCCACACUGAGGACCUGCUUAAUGAGCAGAGAAAGGCCGGUGGAGACCCCAAAGCCAUUGAGAUCGAACUGGCCAAGCAUCAUGUUCUCCAAAUUGACGUAUUGGCUCACAAAUCGACAGUUGAGACGGUGAACAAAGCAGGGAAUGAGCUGGUACAAUCCAGUGCUGGAGAGGAAGCCUCAUGUCUCAGUAGUAAACUGGAGAACCUCAACCAGCGCUGGAAAGCCAUCCUGGAGAAGACGGAACACAGGAAGCACCAGUUGGAAGCUGCUCUUCUACAGGCUCAGGGUUUCCAUGGUGAAGUGGAAGAUAUGCUGCAAUGGCUGAAAGACACAGAACGUCAGCUGUUGGCAUCAAAGGCUGUGGGAGGCUUACCAGACACGGCGCGCGAGCAGCUUAACGCCCAUCUGGAGUUGUGUUCUACUUUUGAAGUAAAGGACGAGCUGUACCAGAAGCUGCUCGCCAAAGGUCAACAGCUGCUUGCCCUAACCCCUGAGGGUCCCGACAGCAACGCAGAGCAGGACCUCGCCAACCUGAAGGACAAAUGGGAAGCAGCACAGGCCAAAGUUGCUGAAAGGAAGGUGAAACUGGAGGAGGCAUUGACGCUAGCGACAGAUUUCCACAACUCUCUGCAGGAGUUCAUCAACUGGCUGACUCAAGCGGAGCAGACGCUCAACAUGGUGACACCUGCCUCGCUCAUCCUGGAAACCAUCCUGUUUCAGAUUGAUGAGCAUAAGAUGUUUGUGACUGAGGUCAACUCUCACAGGGAUCACAUCAUCGAGCUAGACAAGACCGGCACUCAUUUGAAGUACUUCAGCCAGAAACAGGAUGUGGUUCUGAUUAAGAACCUGCUGCUCAGCGUGCAAGGCCGCUGGGAGAAGCUGGUGCAGCGCUCCGUGGAGCGAGGUCGUGUGCUGGACGAGGCCAGGAAGAGAGCCAAACAGUUCCAUGAAAACUGGAAUAAACUGAUGGAGUGGCUGGACGAAUCGGAGAAGACUCUGGACUCUGAGGUGGAAAUCGCCAACGAACCAGACAAAAUCAAGAAACAGCUGUCGCAACACAAGGAGUUCCAGAAGGCUUUGGGCAGUAAGCACUCAGUAUAUGACACUACCACACGAACUGGGCGCGCACUCAAGGACAAGACCUCGCUUCAGGAUGAUAAUCAGAAACUGGACGACAUGCUGAGUGAGCUGAGGGAUAAAUGGGACACAGUUUGUGGCAAGUCCAUAGAGAGGCAAAAUAAGCUGGAGGAGGCUCUGCUGUUCUCCGGCCAGUUCACAGAUGCUCUGCAGGCUCUCAUUGACUGGCUGUACAGAGUGGAGCCUCAGCUGGCUGAGGACCAGCCAGUUCACGGAGACAUCGACCUGAUUCUGAACCUGAUAGACAACCACAAGGUCUUCCAGAAGGAACUGGGAAAGAGGACCGUGAGCGUCCAGGCCCUCAAACGCUCAGCCAGGGAGCUGAUCGACAGCAGUCACGAUGACUCCUCUUGGGUCAAAGUCCAAAUGCAGGAGCUGAGCACCCGCUGGGAGACGGUGUGUAACCUCUCGGUGUCCAAGCAGGCACGUCUGGAGCAGGCCCUGUGCCAGGCUGAGGAGUUUCACUCCACCGUUCACAUCCUCCUGGAGUGGCUGGCUGAAGCCGAGCAGAGUUUGCGUUUCCAUGGCAGCCUGCCUGAUGAUGAGGAGGCACUGCGUGCGUUGAUUGACCAGCACAAGGAGUUCAUGAAGAAACUGGAGGAAAAGCGAGUGGCUCUGAAUAAAGCCACCAGUAUGGGGGAGGCUAUUCUGAGCAUCUGCCAUCCUGACUCCAUCACAACCAUCAAGCACUGGAACACAAUCAUUAAAGCCCGGUUUGAAGAGGUGCAAGCCUGGGCCAGGCAACACCAGCAGCGCCUGGCUGCAGCUCUGAGUGAGUUGUUAGCCACUCAGGAUCUGCUGGAGAAUCUGCUGACUUGGCUGCAGUGGGCCGAGUCCAACCUGAGUGACAAAGACAAGGAAACCCUUCCACAGGAGAUCCAAGAGAUCAAAAGCCUUAUAGCAGAACACCAGGUGUUCAUGGAGGAAAUGACCAGGAAGCAACCAGAUGUUGACAAAAUCACAAAGACACACAAGAGGAAGGCUGCUGUGGAACCUCAAAUCCACUCUCAGAUCCCUGUGCUGGACAAAGGAAGAGCUGGAAGAAAACGUUCUCCCACACAAACCAUGUAUGUGUCAGCGACACAAGCUCCGGUUGAAACCAAGAACCCACGGGUCAACCUGCUGGUCAGUAAGUGGCAGCACGUGUGGCUGCUGGCUCUGGACAGGAGGAGGAAACUCAACGAUGCUUUGGACAGAUUGGAGGAGCUGAAAGAGUUUGCCAACUUUGAUUUUGACGUGUGGCGGAAGCGCUACAUGCGCUGGAUGAACCACAAAAAGUCUCGCGUCAUGGACUUCUUCCGGCGCAUCGACAAAGAUCAGGAUGGCAAAGUGACGCGACAGGAGUUCAUUGAGGGCAUCCUCUCCUCCAAAUUCCCAACCAGUCGACUGGAGAUGAGCGCGGUGGCAGACAUCUUUGACCGUGACGGUGACGGCUAUAUUGACUACUACGAGUUUGUUGCAGCUCUCCAUCCCAACAAAGACGCUUACAAACCUCUGACAGAUGCAGACAAGAUUGAAGAUGAGGUGACACGCCAAGUGGCCAAAUGCAAAUGCCCCAAACGGUUCCAAGUGGAGCAAAUUGGUGCCAACAAGUACAGGUUCUACCUUGGAAACCAGUUCGGAGACUCUCAGCAGCUUCGCCUGGUGCGCAUCCUACGCAGCACCGUGAUGGUGCGAGUGGGCGGAGGCUGGAUGGCGCUGGAUGAGUUCCUGGUGAAGAACGACCCCUGUCGAGCUAAAGGCAGGACUAACAUGGAGCUGCGAGAGAAGUUCAUGCUCCCCGAGGGCACCACGCAGGUGAUGGCCAGUUUCCGCUACAGAGGCCGCCGCUCUCGGCCGUCGUCCAGGGCGGCGUCGCCUAACAGGUCCAUGUCCAGUCAAAGCUGUGCCAUCCCGUCCAACCCGGCAGCCAACAGCACCCCCAAGACUUGCCAACACAUAAGCCGCAAUUAUGAUAAGCCAUGGCUUACAAACAGCAAACCCUCCACUCCAAUUAAAUCAUCCGACUCCUUCGGGAGCCAUGGUUCAUCCUCAGAGACAACACCAGUCCAAGGCAGCAAACUGCGUCUUCCUGGCUACUUGUCGGGAAAAGGCUUUCAGUCAAGUGAGGAGGGGACGUUAAUCAGCGCCGCCGUGCUCAAAGCUCGAGCACAGACGCUAGGUGAAUUGAAGAAAAGCUCCAGCAGACCAGGGAGUAAAGCAGGAAGCAGAGGGAGCAGCCGCAGAGGAAGCGACGCAUCCGACUUUGACAUCUCAGACAUCCAGUCGGUGUGCUCGGAUGCGUCAGAGACUGUCGGCGAUGGCACGCGGGUGACGCCACGCUCUGCAUCGCGCCAGCACGGGGCGAAGCCCUCCAAGAUCCCCACGCCACAGAAAAGAAGCACCCCUACGAGCAAACUGGCCAAAGCGUCCAAGCGAUAGUCAGUGGCCUUGACAGCAAAGAAGGCGCCACAAACACUGGAAUUGUCUCAAUUAAGACUGCAAAUGUGUUAUUUGAAUUGUUGUAGAGUUGUAAAAUAUUCCUUUGAGAGGCAAUAUGAUUUAAUAAUGCGUGUGAAUGGAAUGUUGAUGGCCUUGCGUAUUUGUUUUAAUGUAUUUUUGGUGAAAAUGUCAAAUGUUAUUUUUUAUUUUAUUAAGCCGGUCGACUUUUGAUGGACUCCUUGAAACGCGAAAGGAACAUUUCGAGAUGUUACUGAAUGUAAUUUUAUGUUAUUUAUGUGUGCUGAACUUUGGAGUAGCAUCACGCCACGGUGUGUGUAUGUGUGUGUGCGCGCGUGCGUGCGUGCGUGUGCGUAUGUGGCACUGCAAAUAUUUAUUUAUAAGUGCUAACAAUAUACUUUAAAGGGCAAUGCAAUAUAAUUAGGGUAAGCACUGCGGAUACCUUUAACAACACUAUGACCUGUAGCAGAAACCUUGCAGUCACAAAGUCCCAUUUUGCAGACCACUUCACAGCAACAUGUGAGUCAAGACCCUUCGUGUCGACGCUCCCUGUGUAGGCAUGUUGCUUCAUUUCAGCUGUUACUCCAACAUUACUUUGUAAUAAACCUGCUUGCACAAAGCUACCAGAAACUGA